AUGACGACGUCGUGUCCUCUAGUGCAAUUGAGGCGGCGAGGAUGGGAGCGCCUGAGGCUACCACGACGAGUACUUAUAUCCUCCUCGACGUCCUCCACACUUCGCGGUGUGGCUACCUCCUCCAGCACGAACGUAAGAGGAUCAACACCUCCAGGUAGUCGUGACCAACGUCAACAACCGAGUACAACAGGAGCGCAAACGACUAAGCAUGAUAAGACAAAAGCAGUAGUGGAGCCUCAAGAGGAUGACGAAGAAGAUUAAGGUGAUAAAGUCAAAAUUUUUAGAAGGCCAUUUUCGGUUGCAAAACUAAAGUCAUCAUCGGCGUUCCUUCUAUCUUCUUCUUCCGAGAACCUCUUCAUCUUCUAAGAAAAGCAGUCAAUCGGUGUUUUGAUGUUUGACGAUGGUGCUGACUCGGCCCCUACCCUGACCAAAGAAGAGCAACUUGCUGAAAAACUCAGGGUUUAUCGAGAACGACGACCGGGACAGGCUAUCCGGGACUUUCUCGACACGUCUAAGCGAUUCACUUUCUCAAGCACAGAGGACUUCUUGGAAGUUUUGCGUGUCAGUCUCCGGGUCAUUCCCCCAGCUGCAACUCUGGAAGCGACCUUGCGGGAACUAGACCAGUCACAACUCGAGUUUGAAAGAGACAGGACAGGGACAGAAGAUGAUCACUGUAGUAUUACACCUAAAGAAGGACAAGGAGAAGCAGCAGAUUGUUCUACAACACGGACAAAAGCAAAACGGAGGACAAGGAGUGAACUCUUUCUCCAGCAGCUUCUUCUGCAAAUCAGAGAGGUGAGUCAAACUGGCACGUCGUUUUCGGCGCAGUUUAUGAUCGACCAGAAACUGCGUGACAACUCUUCUUUCGCCCAACAUCAUUUGGCUGCGUGGAGAGGGAAUGCUUAUGGCAAUAGGAAAAUGAACGAAACGCCGCUCGCAUUGAGAAGUGGCGUCGCUGCGGGAUUCUUGUCAGCCGAUGAAGUCUAUGCCUUCGCUCAUCGUGCUUGCAGCUUACUCACUGCUGACGACCAGGUGACCUAUUUGGGUGGCAGUUCGCUGGAUGGCCAGUCCGCUCUAGUGGCACUUCACUGGCUUGUCACAUUGGCUGACCGAGGAUACGAAGUAGCGAACCCAGGUGUGAAUCAUGCGCUUCUGUCUCGCAUAGAAGGCGAAUUCUUCUCAGGGCGGCCAAUUGUAGUGGGGGAUUCCUGCGCCAAGACUUACAUUCCGGAACGGCUCAUUGCUGCGAGUAGGAAGGACAAAACAGGGGUGAUUAUACAGGACAAGGAUAAGAAUUCAGCAACAGAUGCGGGAUCAUGGGAAGAUAAUUUUGCUGACGACCAACGACAACAGGAUGUGGAUGGAGAAGCUCAAACAGUAAGAAGCUUAGUCGACGAGUCAUUGUCGGUUUCUCAUUUGGUCAAGCUUUUGACCUUGAUACCAGGCAGGGAACGAAUCAAACCAGUCAGACCAGUACUAGGGGUAGAUCUAUCAAGUACAACGAGUACCGAGAACUACGAGAUGGCUGAACAGACUUCACGACCACCAACAUCCGCAACAUCCUCUCCGUCUCCUUUCCAUUCUACCUCAUCCUCUCUCGAAUCGCUGAAGAAAGAAGUCGCGAAUCAAUGGCGCAGCAUGGACCCAGUGGAUAUGGAACAGUGGGAGAAAGAGCGAUCACUGAAAUGCGAGAACAAGGUCCCUAGAAUGAAAUAUGUUCGCGCUUUGGACCACUUGCGAGACGUGCAUGUCGGGAAAAAACUGAAGGCGCAUAUUGCAACAGCGCUGUUCGAGAAACUGAACGACGGGAAGAACAUUUAUGGCUCGUGCAUUUGCCUUUUCAUGCUUUCUGUUUCAACACCUUCUCGUUCUCCCAACAUGAAAAUCAUUGUCAUCUGCUCGCUCACGUUCCCCUUUCUGCCGACAUUGAAUCUGGAUAAUUGCUUUCCUGUUCCUCUGCUCUGUCAGUCUCUACUCGUAGUCUGAGUCCACCCUUUGCCUUUCCCAGCGAAAUUAUAAUGCGUCUGAAGCAGUACUAGUCUAAUCCUCGUUAUCCAUCCGUGAUCUUGUGCGACUCGCUUCCGUUUACUCCGUCUCCAACCGUGUCCAACGAGGCGAUCUGCAGAUGGACAUGCAGGACCUGCUUUGUAAAAGGCUACUGGAGAGAAAAACGGAAGCUUUAGUACCUUACUUAUGGCCGGUUUCCUUAAUGUUGCAAAUCAAUAUCAAUCUUCAGGAGGCGGGGCAUACAUUCUGAGUAUCUCUGUCAGGAGAACGAGAAAUGUCAAAAGCAUGGACCGUGAAGAUGAUAACCACAUCUCUAACUUACGCCUUAGCCUUGUCCAGCGCAUUCGCUGAGAUACAGUGCGGUGCUGCCUUCAGGCUGUGGAGAACUAAGCUUCUGCCUGCUUGUACGAAGCUUCUGAAAGCGGAGAAUCCUUUGCUGAUGUUGAGACAGGAAGGCUUCGCUUCUUCCGCUCUGCUGAACCCCAAGCAAUUGGACUUGCUGAUUGCCACGACUGCUGACGUUGGCGCUAGGACUACAACUAACAAGAGAACUCCAAGUCGUCAAGAUCCGUUUUUUCGAGAGCUGCUUGAGACUUUCAAGUCUUCGGCUAGCGCAGUAAACGAGUCCAGUGAAAACAUCGCAGCAAAGGCCCAAAUGGAAAAGAAUCUGGCAGCAAGGGGACUCAUUCCGACUAAAGGAGCAGGCGGACGAGAAGGAGGAGUUGAUAAGAAUUUACGGGGCAAAGAACAUGAACAAUUGGCCUUUUUAUGAUUUACAGAAGGGCAUCUUUGACUUUCUUGAAUUCAACUUCUUCAAGGUGUUUCCUUUAAUACCUGCUUCUACUUGGUAAGUUAGAUGAUAGUGUCGUCGUCGUGCGUGACGUAUGGGCAUGAUCUCUUAAGGUCAAAAAACUAUUCUCCAUCGACGAGGAUCUAUUUUCAUCUCUCUAACCACUGGUGACAAGUCUAUCGCUGCCUUAGUUCAGGAAGCGACCAAGCUUUUGCAGUUGGCUGCGGGAACCCGUAUGGAGGAUCCUGGUGAUCGUACCAAGUUCAGAGUGCCGGAUUUCGUUAGGCUUCUACGACUUUUCAAUCAUUACGCUGGUAAUGCAGGUUCAAAUAGUACGUUUAAGAGUUCUUUUUCGUCGGAGUCCUAUCCUUCCACCUCUAGCCAGCUCGACGCCAUCAUCGCCAAAGAUGUGCAAAAAGACGUUGACAAGAAGCGCAAGCUAUACCAGAAGGCUAUUGAAAUGCUCAGUGCGCAUUUCGUGAAGCAGUUUGCACCUUCUGGGAGUGGAAAUGCGAGUGGGUUCUUGGGAGAUAGAAGUGCGAAAACGCUCCUGGAUUUGGAAGCCGUAGAUAAGGAAGCAACAGAAGUGCGUCGGUUACUGAAUCACAAGAAUCAAGGAGGCACCAUUUUGCAACUGUCAGAAUUGCUGGAUGUGUUUUUGGAAGCCAGGAGAUGUUGCUCGUCGUCGUCUUCAGAUGAGCAUAUGCAUGCAGUUACAGGUGAAGAUGUCAAGCAGGAUAUCUUCACCAAUAAAAAUGUUCCAUCUACCUCACGCUCACCUACAAAGAAAGACGCAGACGCACUGGAUCAUCCCAUUCGCCUAUUGCAGACAGCCUUGACGGCUCCCAAGCCUACGCUGCCGUGGUCGGUGGGUAUUCAUCAUGCGGAUCCCUUUAGUCGACAAGAUACUGCGGCUCCUGGGAGUUCCCUAAAUGUCUUUAGUGAUCUAGAUUCUUCAGUAGAGAACGUUGCCACUUCUACUGGAACAACAAAAAGCGCCAUCAUCGCCAUCGCUUCUACAAAACGCCUACUCGCCAGGCGAUAUGGGAAACUCUUCGUAACCCUAUGUAAAACGCCCUUCGUAGAGAUGGAUGUGGAGCUCCUGCAUCUGGCUACACGGUCAUUGUUGGCCUUGAUGGACGAACACCUUGUUAACACUGUUGGGGCACAACGACAAACUACAUCUGGAAUUACUCCUCUUUCUACUCACGGUUGCUUGCUAACCAUUCCAGAACUGACCCAUUUACUGGACGCUUUCGACGGCAACUGUGUUUCAAUACACUUGCAAGUGAAAACCGCGCUGUUGUUCACCCAUGCUAUGGCUACGGAUUCCUGUUCUGCCUUUGACCUCUGCAUCGGCGCUCAUGGCAUUGCUGAAGCUUUGCAAUUGAUGGAAAUCGAAGGAAUUAUACCUGGACAAGCUGGACAAGGUCAAGGACAACAAGCAGACGAAGUAACCACUCUUCGCAAUGGCCUGCACCACAUUUGGCGACGAUUAAAGGACCAUCUAGAAGCUUUAGCGCCAGGUCAUCGCCUGAUGCUCCUCAAUGCGAUUGUAAAAGCCGCAGAAUUAUCGGAAGACUUGGAGUUCUGUGCUGCGAUCGACAAAUACAUAGUUCAGGAAUCAAAUUCUCCUGAUGUGACAGCGGCGGCGGGGUGCCUGUAGAACUAGAAGUACUGGAGGGGCUUCUAGGAGUAGGGGAAACAUCAAGAUAAAGCAGAAAAUAGGUUUUAUGGGUUUUGUAAUGUUGAGUAUCAAAUCUAGCGAUUCUUAAGGAUAGGAUGUAGUUCUUCUUCUUCUUGUUGAAAGUAACAUGUUCCUGAAGAACAUGUUGUCAAAGUCACUCGAAACGGAUAAUAUGCUAAAACUAGCGACUACGUUGAUCAACAUCAAUUUAUGCGAACAUGCCUAGAAGAAGUAGAAUCAAGAAUAUGUCGUCAUGCUCUUUUUCUUGUAAAGCCAGCGAAAUCACACCAUAUCCUAAGCAACUUCUUUAAACUUGCGUAUGGAAGCCUGUCGAAGCAACCGCCAACGCCUUGAGACGGUCUGCUCUAGGUGGAGGCACACAAAGACAAACAGGAUGUCGAAAAAAUCUAAAUCCCUCUAAAAGGAUGGCGCGUGAGUUGAGGAGAG